AUGGCAGCCGAGACACUGAAUUUUGGGCCGGAGUGGCUUCGUGCGCUCUCUGGUGGUGGGAGCGUCACUUCACCGCCACCUUCACCUGCCAUGCCAAAGUACAAACUAGCCGAGUACCGAUACGGGCGGGAAGAGAUGUUAGCACUUUACGUCAAGGACAACAAGGUCCCAGAGGAGAUCCAAGACAAAGAGUUCUCUGCCGUUCUCCAGGAUGAGCCUCUACAGCCGCUGGCGUUGGUACCGCUGACGGAGGAGGAGCAGAGGAAUUUCUCCAUGUCUGUGAACAGUGUUGCAGUGCUGCGGCUGAUGGGAAAGGGGGGCGGGGCGACCCCAGCCGGUGCCUCCCGCGGGAGAGGCAGCGCACGGAGCCGAGGCCGAGGCCGGGGCGAGAGCAGCUUUUACCAAAGAAGCAUUGAGGAGGCGGAAGGAGCGUUUGGCCGUGGCAGUGGCCGGGAGAUCCACCGCAGCCAGAGUUGGGACGACCGAGGAGAGCGGCGGUUUGAGAAGCCCAUCCGCCGGGAAGGAGCUCGGGCCCCGUUUGAAGACGCGGCCCCCCCAGGCCGCAAAGACUUUGCCCGCUCGGACAGUGACAACUGGCGCACGCUGCGGGAGGAGCACGAGGGCGAAGAGGAGAGUGCCGCGGCUGCCCCGGGCUCAGGGGGCAGCUGGCGGCAGAGCGGAGCAGCCCGGCGGGAGAGUGAGCGCUGGCGGUCAGCCAGCCCAGAUGGGGGGCCUCGGUCGGCCGGGUGGCGAGAGCCUGGUGGAGAAGGGCGCCGGCGGAAGUUUGACUUCGACUUUCGGGACCGUGAGGACGAGCCCCGGGGCGGGCGCCGGCACCGGCACAACAGCGACAGCUUCGAGGAGGACAAGGACGGCCUGCCCGAGUGGUGCCUGGAAGACGAGGAAGAGGAGAUGGGGACUUUCGACUCCUCCGGGGCCUUUAUGCCCCUCAAGAAGAGCCCCAAAGAGCCCAUUCCAGAGGACCAGGAGCUGAGUUUCCUUCCCUUGCAAGAGGAGGAGGAGGAGGAGGAGGAGCAGCGGACAGAGGCGAAGGACGGCGAGGGGGGAGAGAGUGGCAAGGCCCCUGUUGCCCCCACCGUCAAGGACGGGGCAGAGAGAGAGCGGAUGGAACUCCAGCAGGUUCCUGAGGAGAAGACGGCAGCCCCUCCUGGGGCUCCGUGGCACUCCGCCCCCCCUUUCUCCGCAGCCACUGACGCUGCCCCCACUGGUGAAUGUGAGAGUGCCGUGCCAGGGACCGCCUCCAAAGCAGAGGGGUCGGCGCUGGCUGCCGGGUGCAUCAAAGACAUGGAAACUGCAAAUGGGGCUCCGGGAAUCCUGAGCCACCCGACGCGGAUCAGCCCUGCUGCGGCCUCAGCCAUUCCCUCGUCUGCAACUGCUGCUGCUGCUACUGAAUUCACAGUUGGGGACAACGAGGAUGAGGAUGGAAUGAAGCACCUACAGCAGGAAGCAGAGAAGAUGGUGGCCUCCCUGCAAGACAGCUCCCUGGAGGAGGACCACUUCACGCAGGCCAUCGGGGACCACCGCAACACUGCCGCGGCCCUGCCCCUCUCUCACGAAGCCGCCAUGAAGUGGUUCUACAAGGAUCCCCAAGGGGAGAUCCAAGGCCCCUUCACGACCCAAGAGAUGGCCGAGUGGUUCCAGGCCGGCUACUUCACCAUGUCCCUCCUGGUGAAGCGAGGCUGUGACGAGGGCUUCCAGCCCCUAGGUGAAGUCAUAAAGAUGUGGGGAAGAGUGCCUUUCGCUCCAGGCCCGUCGCCGCCCCCAUUACUGGGAAACAUGGACCAGGAACGCCUGAAGAAGCAGCAGGAGCUGGCAGCCGCCAACCUCUACCAGCAGCUCCAGCACCAGCAGCUGCUCCAGCUGGCCAACAGCAGGCAGCAGUAUGCCCAGUGUGCCCUCCAGCAAAAGGUGGCGACGGGAGAUCUGACGCAACAGCAGCUGGCCACCUUCCUGCAGCAGCUGCAGGCACUCAAACCAAGGGCCGGGGAGCAGGGGAUGAUUCCCUCUAUGAACCGAUCGAUAUCCGUGCCAGACGCCGGGUCCCUGUGGGACGCACAUACCUCAGCCUCAUCACAAGCAGGUGGUGAAGCCAGUUUAUGGGAUAUUCCCAUUAGUUCUUCAACUCAGGGUCCAAUCUUAGAACAACUUCAACUGCAGCAUAAACUGCCGUCUUCCUCCUCCUGGGGUCAGCAAUCCGUGAACAGCGCCUCCACCCAGAACAGCUUCAGCAUGGCUGAUCUCCAGAAGCUGGGCGAUGCCCGAGCGUGCCGGGAGCUGCGGGAAGAGUGCCGUCAGCAGGAGCUGUUGCUGAAACUCCUGCAGCAGCAGAAUUCGCACUCUCUCUGGGGAGGGCUGUCCAAACAGAAUGUCUCCAUGAAGGCUUUGCUGGAGCUGCAGCAAGAGACCGAGCGGCACAUGCAGAAGCAGCAGCGGGCUCAGCAGAGGGCUCACCAGGGCCACAGCCUGAACAGCCUGCCCUCUCAGUGGGGGGUGGACUCCAGCCCGCUGUGGGGGGGGCACGAGAAGAGCAGCUCCAUCAGUCUCUGGGAAGAGAGCAUGAAGAACGCCGGCCCCCUCGCCCGGAGCCUGGGCUUGAAGAACAGCCGCAGCAGCCCUUCCCUGGGGGACACGUACAGCGCCUCUUGUCGGCAGAGCAGGAAGAAGACGGAUGAGGAGGAGAAGCUCUUGAAACUGCUUCAGGGAAUCCACAAGCCCCAGGACGGCUUCACUCAGUGGUGUGAGCAGAUGCUCCAUGCCCUCAAUACCUCCAGCAGCCUUGAUGUGCCCACUGUGGUGGCGUUCCUGAAGGAGGUGGAGUCCCCCUAUGAUGUCCAUGACUGCAUCCGCUCCUACCUGGGGGACACCGUGGAAGCCAAAGAGUUCGCAAAGCAGUUCCUAGAGCGCCGUGCCAAGCAGAGAGCCAAUCAGCAGCGCCAGCAGCAGCAGGAAGCCCCCUGGCUGAGCUCCAGCGGUCUGCAGUCCCUAUUCCAGUCCAACCACCAUCCCAAGCAGCCAUCGUUCGAGAACAGCCAAGCCGCGAAGCUCAAGAGGCGCCCAGUGAUGCUCCACGCCGACCCCAGCAUCCUGGGCUAUGCCCUUCACGGCUCCGCGGGUGAACUGGAACCAGUGGAGGACUACUGACCACCCCCACCCCCCUCAGCAAUAGGAAUCCCUCUGCCACUGCUGCCUUGAUUUCACCAAUUUCGGUUGGGGGUGAAAGUGCACUGCAGGGGAGAUGGUCUGCUGCCCUCCGCAGCCCCCCCCCGGACAGGGGCAGGAGGCGGAGUGGUCAGUGGCGACGAGGGUCAGUUGGCUGGACAAAGGAGGAUGUUUAGCACUUCUUCUUUCCUUACAAAGCACCUUAAUGGACAAACAAACAAAAACCUUUUCUG